AAGUCAAGUCUGCCGCUGCCCUUUCCUUUCCAAUUCCCUUCCCCCGACCAAACCCAUAUUUCGAAGGAAGGAAGGAAGGAAGAAGGAGAAGAGGAGGAGAAGCGAAGCGGAGCUCUCUCUCUCUCUCUCUCUAUCUCCCCCGCUGCUGCGGAGCCGCCCUCUGUACCCGCUGGUUGGUGGAUCUGAAGGGCUUCAAUCAUGUUUGGGCGUGCUCCUAGGAAGAGUGAUAAUAGCAAGUACUAUCAAACUCUUGGGGUGUCAAAAAAUGCUACUCCAGAUGAACUCAAGAAGGCAUACAAAAAAGCUGCUAUUAAAAAUCAUCCCGAUAAGGGUGGAGAUCCUGAGAAGUUCAAGGAGUUAGCUCAUGCUUAUGAAGUUCUUAGUGAUCCUGAGAAAAGGGAGAUAUAUGAUCAGUAUGGAGAAGAUGCUCUUAAAGAGGGAAUGGGGGGAGGAGGCGCCGCUCAUGAUCCAUUUGACAUAUUUGAAACAUUCUUUGGAGGUGGUUUCGGUGGAGGUUUUGGCGGACGUUUCGGUGGUGCUAGUAGUUCGAGGGGAAGAAGACAGAAACGCGGUGAGGAUUCUGUUCAGCACCUCAGAGUGUCUUUGGAAGAUUUGUACAAUGGAACCAUGAAAAAGCUCUCGCUUUCGAGGAAUAUCUUGUGCCCAAAAUGUAAAGGGAAGGGGACGAAAAGUGGAGUCUCUGCUGAAUGUCAUGGGUGUGAAGGGUCAGGAAUGAAGGUCACAGUAAGGCAAUUUGCUCCGGGAAUGUUUCAACAGAUGCGACAUGCUUGUCCUGACUGCAGGGGCAAAGGUGAGGUUAUCAAUGAUAGAGAUCGGUGCAAACAGUGCCAUGGAGACAAGAUGACCGCAGAGAAGAAGGUUUUGGACGUGCAUGUUGAGAAAGGGAUGCAACAUCACCAGAAGAUUGUGUUUGAGGGACAAGCAGAUCAAGCUCCUGAUACCAUCGCGGGGGAUAUAAUUUUCAUCUUGGACCAACGGGAGCAUCCUAAAUUUAAGAGGAAGUCCGAUGACCUUUACGUGGAACACACACUCAGCUUAACAGAAGCACUAUGUGGCUUCCAGUUCCCCUUGACCCAUCUCGAUGGGCGGCAGCUUCUGAUCAAGUCGAAUCCGGGCGAGGUCAUUAAGCCAGGUCAAUACAAGGCCAUCAACGACGAGGGGAUGCCGCAACACCAAAGGCCCUUCAUGAAGGGUAGGCUGUACAUCCACUUCAAUGUUGAGUUUCCUGAGUCGGGGUUCCUUUCACUGGAGCAAUGUCGGUCCCUGGAGAAGGUCCUUCCCCCUCCUAAGACGGGAAGGAGCCUCGCGGACAUGGAGAUUGACGAAUGUGAGGAGACAACCCUGCAUGAUGUCAACAUGGAGGAAGAGACCCGACGCCAGCGGCAGCAGCAGAGGCAGCAGCGCAGGGAGGCAUAUGAUGAGGAUGAUGAUGAUGAUGAUGAUGAUGAUUCCUCCAUGCCCCGUGUCCAGUGUGCCCAGCAGUGAGAAGGGUCCCAAUGCGAGGCCUGUUGUGCCUUUGAGCAAAUUAAUUACCUGCAGCAUCCUUGGGUUGGGCCGGUUUGGUUAAAUGGUCCGGGUAAUCAAUAAUCAAAUUAUAGUCGUAGAUGAACCAGUUAUAGGAGUUUGUCUUAAAUUGGCUGUCAUGAUAUAGGAGUUUGUCUUAAAUUGGCUUUCAUGAUACUACAUAUUUUUUGUUCGUGGGGAUGUGAUGUUGGAUCUUCCUAUAAGAGGGAUCAUUUUGGCUUUCUCAGUUGCUAUUCGGUCAAUCUUCUCUAUUGAGAAAUUUAAGGUA